AGAAGUUUAAAUCUGAACACCAACAUCUACUUAUUGGUGUAGAGUUUUUAUUAUUAUUAUUAGAAAUUAUAUAUUAUGUUUAAUUUCUAUUAUUUGCAUCCUGUCUGUAAGAUAAUGUGCUUUUGAUCUUUGUACAAUAAUGUGCACGUGUGUGUGCCUAUCUUUGUGCAUGCUGUUUGCCAAUUAGUGAGUGUUCACUGCAUGAUCGACCAACCAGCUUCAUUGAUCAUUACCAGGCUCCUGGCUGUCGCACUGGACACAGCAUGGACUCGGGAAAGCAGCUGACGGGGACUCUGGCCCUUGCUGUGUUCACAGCCGCCCUGGGGUCCCUGCAGUACGGCUACAGCCUCGGCGUCAUCAACGCACCCCAAAAGGUCAUUGAAACGCAUUAUGGCCACUCUCUGGGCGUGUGGACAGAAAGGGCCGCGGUGGCGUUGCACAACAGCACCGACCGAGAGGCUCCGGAGGCGGGGAAGCACCCGGCCGUGGUCAUGUACUGGUCACUGUCGGUGGCCAUCUUCUCCAUCGGGGGCAUGCUCUCGUCCUUCCUGGUGGGAUUCAUAGGAGACCUGAGGGGCAGGGUGAAGGGCAUGCUGAUGAUCAAUUUUCUGGCUGUAGUUGCCGGGCUGCUCAUGGGUCUUUGCAAGUUGUGGAAGCCUCACAUCAUGGUCAUCUCGGGCCGCGCUGUUAUGGGCUUUUACUGCGGGCUGACCUCCGGCCUGGUGCCCAUGUACAUCGGGGAGAUCGCGCCCAAGGCGUACCGCGGCGCUCUGGGCACCUUACAUCAGCUGGCCAUCGUCGUAGGCAUUCUCAUCAGCCAGGUUCUAGGCUUGGACUUCGUGCUCGGCAACGACGCCAUGUGGCCCCUGCUGCUGGGCCUGUCCGGGGCCCCCGCCAUACUGCAGACGCUGCUGCUGCCCCUGUGCCCCGAGAGCCCGCGCUACCUGUACAUUGUGCUGCGCAAGGAGCAGGAGGCCAGAAACAGCCUGUACCGCCUGAAGGGGGCGUACGACGCCACUGCUGAUAUAGAGGAGAUGAGGAGAGAGAAAGAGGAGGCAGACAAGAAGGCAAAGAUCUCCAUCCUUUCGCUGAUCUGCUCCCCUGUGUACAGACGGCAGCUGACGGUCGCCCUCAUGCUGCACUUGGCCCAGCAGUUUUCAGGCAUCAACGGGAUUUUUUACUACUCCACGUCCAUCUUCGCUCUGGCUGGCGUGGCCCAGCCGGUUUACGCCACCAUCGGAGUCGGAGUCAUUAACACCGUCUUCACUUUGGUGUCGGUUGCGCUGGUGGACAGGGCCGGCAGACGCACGCUGAUUCUGGCCGGUCUGACGGGGAUGUGCUGCUGUGCGGUCACCAUGACAGUGGGCCUCAAGUUCCAGAACGUCUACGCGUGGAUGAGCUACGUGAGCAUGUCGUCCAUCUUCCUCUUCGUGAGCUUCUUUGAGAUCGGACCGGGUCCCAUCCCGUGGUUCCUAGUGGCCGAACUGUUCAGCCAGGGGCCUCGGCCCGCAGCCAUCGCACUCGCUGGCUGCUGCAACUGGACCAGCAACUUCAUCAUAGGCAUGACCUUCCCAUAUAUACAGGCAUUGCUGGACGUGUACGUGUUUGUCCUGUUCGCCGUGCUGCUUCUCUGCUUCAUUGUGUUUACGUACUUUCGGGUCCCUGAGACUAAAGGUAAAUCAAUUGAGGAGAUCGCUGCCGUCUUUCAAAAGGGAAAGAACAAUUUGGAAGAGGCUCCUGAAGACGAUACGGAGCUGGAGCAGCUCAAAAUGUCCACUGAUGCCUGAAACUGCAAUUACUGGAUCGUGCUUGUGUAGUAAUUUUUUAUGUAAAGUUGUGUCUGUCUGUAUUUUAAAUGUGUUUGUGUACAGUUAACCUUGUCAGUGUUGUAAUGAUUACCUGAUGGCUUUUGGACCAGUGUGGUUCUUGCGCAAGAAAAGAUAACAUUUUUUCUUGUCAACACUAGUGUUACUCAAAAACAAAUACUGCAGUGUGAUAUCAUGUUAUUAUAUAAGGUGGUAUAAUACAUCACAGUAGAAAAUGUAUGGCAGUAUUGCUGUAUUAUGGAUAGAGCAAGUUUAUUGUAUAUGAAAACAGGUGCUUCUGCUCUUUAACUUAGUUAAGGAGUCAAAUUAAGAGAUGAUGAAGACCAAAAACAGAGCUAAUAAGAACUUGAAUGUUAAACUCACCUCAGCAGGAGCCAAAAUCACAACACAAAAGCAAAUUUAUGUCAGUAACACCACGAGUUACAGUGUGUUCACGCUGUACUGUGUUCACAGCCUCUUCAGUGCUGCCCCCUAGAGGCCAAAGGGUUACCUCGGUCGCUAGUAAAUAAUGCAUUUAGAAAAGUAUAAGUAAUAAAAUAAAACAGUAUUUAUAUUUACACUAUAAACAAUAAAAAUUCCUCUGCUAUUAA